AUGCGCGGCCUCAAGAUGCGCGGCCUCACAGGAAGCGGCGCGGAGGAGGUGCGCGCCACGAUGAGGUUCGGCAGAGCGCCCGAUACGGACGGGACGGACGAUGAGCGAAUCCUACUCAUCCCGAGCGAGCACGCGUCCAUCAAGCUGCGGCGCCCGUGGCAUCAGCGCCCGUGCGCGGGGUGCUUCGUGAUGCUGCUCCUCUGCCUCUUCGGCCUGGCGUGCGUGUCAUUGCCGUCGUUCGAGUCGCCCGGGACGAUCACCGUGCUGAGGGUGAGCGAGGCGGACGUGAAGAUCCGCGACGUCGCCGGGUGGAGGGAGGUCGCGGACGAUCCGCCGGAGACCGCGAGGCACGCGGUGACGCUGGCGGUUCGUCAGGAUCGAGACGCCAUCUUGAAGGCGCUGGCGCGCGUCUCCGACCCGGACUCGCCGUCGUACGGCAAGCACCUCACGCGGCGGCAGGUGGCGGAGCUGGCCGCGGACCAGAAGGCGGUCGCUUUCGUCCGGGCGUACCUCAAGAAGGUGACGUCCGCGCUCUCGGUGCAGACGCGGUGGUCCCCCGGGAACGAUUACGUCCGGGUGGAGGGCAGCCUCGGCGACCUCAACCGCAUCUUCAACGCAGAUUUUCGGCGGUGGGAUCGCAGGGUGAACGGGCGGACGGUGCACGCGGCGUUCCGCACGCGGGAGAUUGCGGUGCCGAAGGAUCUGGAGCGACACCUGGACGGAAUACUGGGCGCGCUUCAUCUGCCGUCGGGGCAGCUGCGGCACGACUCCAGGGGCGUCGGCAUCGACGGCGACGACAAGGACGACGCCGCGGAUGCCGACGAGGCCCUGAACGACGUCGCGAUGAGCGGGUUGUUGGACGGCGACGACAUCGGCGGCGGGAGCGGGCCCACGGGAAGCAUGUACAGCGAGCGGCCGCCGCUGCGAAUAGGCAAGCCGCCCAUGCGCAGGAAGAUUGACGCCAAGGAGUGGUUGCUCAAGGAAGCGGAGAACCUCGCGGCCGAGGCCGGCAACGACCCGUUCGCGGUCGAGGCCUUCAACGUCGCGACCGGGGAGCGGCGGGGCAGGGGUUCGGGCAAGGGCCAAAAGAAGGCGUCGGCUGACCCCGUCGCAGCCGUCGGUUUGCGCGGUGACAUGGCCGCCGACGAGCGCGACUCUCUUAUCGAGCGCGCCGCGAGGUACGCCGCGUACGCCGACGAACGCUCGGUGGACUCCUCGUGGGCGGAGAAGGACGCGGGGAGACGGUUGGAGGGUGCACUGAGCGCGAGCGCUCUCGGAUCGGCGCGGCAGCCGCGGAGAGGUUUGAAGUUUGCGUCUGUGGCUGCGGUGAACCGGCUGGGUCGCGACGAGGGUCAGUUCGUCGCCGUUCAGGCGGCACCCUCCGACGCCUACGGCGUCACGGGACUCGCGGGGCACAGGCGAUCGGCGACGGCCAAAACCUCCGGCGACGAGGUUCAGUCCGCCGCCGACGACGCGCACGGCAAAACAGCCCCGGCUGCGGCUGCGGCCAACAGCGUGGUCGUGACGGCCAAGCCGGCGGGGCAAGUCACCGAGCCCCCCACCGCGUCCAAGCGCGAACAGCGCGCGGCCGAGUCCGCCGGCGCGGCGCGCACAUCGGAUCAAUCGUCGGAGAAGUCCGAGCAAGACAGGCUCGCGGCUGAGGCUAAGCAAGCUGCGAGGGAGGCGUCUGAGAAGGCCAAGGCUCAAAAGGCGGCUCGGGAGAAGGCGCUGAAGACGGAAGAGAAACAGAAGUGGGAAGACAAGGCCAAUUUGAUGUUCGAGAAGAUGGAGACGGAGUUCAAGGAGAUGAAAACGUUCAUGGCGGAAGUCGUGCACAGGGACGACGGGGACGAUUCAUCUUCUGAUGCGGAUACGACCGAGUCGGGCGUGCCAUCUGGCCUCGACUACGGUGACGACGACGUAAAAAAGAUCAACGUCGUUGUUAAGAAGGGCCCCGUCGACGGCAAAUUGGACACCAAGGUUGCGUCGCUCGACGUCAGCAGGACCCUGUCUGGCGGCGGCGAUUCAUCUUCUCUGACCGAGGACCUUCCCGGGAUCAAACCCGAGGGUAAGUCGUCGGGUGGCGUCUCCGCGGUUGAGGUGGAUGUGCAGGAUUUCCUCUCCGAGCCGGGACACUACGAGGCUGGAUACUACGAGUACUCCGCGCCGUACGAGGACGAGGACAGCUCCGACGAUGACGUGUGGAGGUUUCACCUGGACGACGACGAGGAAAUCCGCGCGUCCCGCGCCAACGCCACCCUCCGACACAAGCUCAUGCUGGAGGAGAGGCUCAAGUCGCUGGUCACCCCCGACAAGGUGCUCAGUUACUACAACGUUCCCCGGGGGAGCAAGGUGACGGACCCUCGGGCGAGCGUUGGCGUGGGGAUGAUCGCGGGUGAUACCAGACGAUGGUCCGCGACGGUGUGGAAGUACUCGCAGUACUUUAACCUGUCGCUCGGUGAGGUUAACGCCGCGCCCAGGGUGGACGCCUUCCUCUCUGCGACGACUUUCAACGAUGAAGAAGAGGACGCGACCGAGGAGAAGGUCCAAACGGAUUCCUCGUUCAAGACCCGCGGCGGGCGCAGGGCGGGGCCUUCGUCCAAAACUUCCAGAAAGUCUGCCGAUUCCAUCGAGAAACAGGUCAAGGAUGAGGUCAAGGACAUGGUCAGCGGGACAGUGAACGCGGCGGUGGGGGCGUUGGACAGCGCCGCCGCCGCCGCGGGCAUCCUCACCGACGCGGCACUGCCCAAGGAGUCGAAAGCGAAGCUCGCGGCGUCGAUGGUGGACCCGUCCCUCGUCGUCGACACGUUCAGCGGCGCGGGGUCGUCGUUCGACCCGUCUACCAAGGCGACCGCGUCCUUGGCCACAGCCCGUGAAAUUGCCGGGCUGGAGUCUAACGGCGUCGCUGACCUCGGCUGGCACGACGCCGGCGCCAGGCGAAUCGAGACCAACCUGGACGUCCAGGCCGCCACAUCCGUCGCGCAGGGUGCUGACGUGGACAUCUUACUCACCACGCACGAGCAGCACUACGGAUGGGAGGCUCUCGACGUCUUGUUGAACGUGGCGGCGUCGGAAUCGCCGCAGUCGGUUUUAUCGCUCUCCUUCGGAGGCAUGGAGAAGGUCCGGACGCUGGACGAGGACGGCAAGGUCACCCAGCCCACGGUCAACCCCGUGGCUGGCGGCAACGCCUCCGCCUCCGCGGUCAUGACUGACCUUUUUGGGUCGAAACAGCGGGAGGCUGAGGCGAGUUACGUCCGCGAGAGUCACUCCUGGGACACGUACGAGCGGAUGGACACGGAGAUUGCCAAGCUUGGCCUCAGGGGCGUCACCGUCAUCGCGGCGUCCGGCGAUAACGGACCGUUCUCGUACGGCAUUCCCAACCCGUACCUGACCUGGGCCAUGCACGACUCGCCGUGCGCGUUUGGACCCUCGUUCCCCGCGUCCAUGCCCCACGUCACCUCCGUGGGGGGAACCACCGGCGGCAAGGACCCGUUCAAGCCGGAGAGAGCCGCCGCCGUGGAGCUCGGCAGCAAGAUCUCCUCGGGCGGCGGGUUCUCCUCGAUAUUCCCCCAGCCCGAGUGGCAGAAGGGCGCGGUGGGUCGGUACCUCGAGGAGUACGCCUACGAUCUCCCUCCCGAGUCAUUUUUCAACGCGUCUAAUCGCGCGUACCCGGACGUGGCGCUCGCCGCGGAGGAUAUCGCGAUCAUAUUCGCGUCCAUAGGCGAGGAACCCAAGCCCACGCCCCAGCUCAACACGCAGCCGGCUAAGCUGGGCGAGAGCGGGGAGCUAGGCAAGAUACGGGUGGACUUGGGCGGUGAGCUGGCGCAGGUCAGGCACUACCUCACGGAGUCUUCCGGCACCAGCUACAGCGCCCCGCUGUUCGCGGGUAUGAUUGCCCUGAUCAACGAUCAGCGGCUGGCGCAGAACAAGAGCACAGUCGGUUUCAUCAACCCGGUGCUGUACGGGCUGCACAGGACCGCCGCAGACGUGUUCAGAGACGUGAAGGAAGGGUCGAGCAAGUGCCCAAACCCUGCGAUGACCGGCGCGAUGGUUGGCUGCUGCAAGCACGGGUUCAGGACCGGGAAAGGGUGGGAUCCGCUGACAGGGCUGGGAUCAGUUGAUUUCUCGAGGCUUCGGGACGAGCUCCUGAAGCUCCCGUAG